GCUCUCUGCCUGAUCGGCCUCGGUGAUCGCAACUCCGCUGACCAGCUGCACAGAUUCUCCUCAACUCCCUAAACCAAGUCUCAGAGAUGGAGAGGACCUUCAUUGCUGUCAAGCCCGAUGGCGUCCAGAGAGGCCUGUGUGGCGAGAUCAUCAAGCGUUUUGAGCAAAGAGGUUUCAAGAUGGUGGCUGCCAAGUUCAUCCAGGCCUCUGAGGACUUCAUGAAGAAACAUUACCUGGACUUGAAGGACAUGCCGUUCUACGCUGGACUCUGCAAAUACAUGUCAUCUGGACCCGUCCUGGCCAUGGUGUGGGAGGGUCAGAACAUCGUGAAGCUGGUCAGGAUGAUGCUUGGCGAGACCAACCCUGCUGAUUCCAAACCCGGCAGCAUCCGUGGAGAUCUGUGCAUCAAUAUCAGCAGAAACAUCAUCCACGGCAGCGACACCCUGGAAAAUGCCAAGACAGAGGUGGACCUUUGGUUCAAGGCUGAGGAGUUUGUGUCCUACACUCAGUGCUCCCAGCCUUUCCUGUACGAGUGACCGCCUAACAACGAACAAUAAAGUUUCAUCUUAACAACA